AUGGCAGCUGCAAUGGUGGAGUUGACUUGCCAAAACCAAGAGUUAAGAAUGGAGAUCAAUCAGAGAAGACAGACACGUGAGGAACGUGAAGGAGGAGGACAAACACAGGGUCAUGGUGAUAGAGAAAAUACUGAAAUUGGAAGUCAGUUAAGAAGCACCACUUCACGGACGAGACACAAUCGUUCCUCAUCCAACCUGUUGACCAUAGAGCAAGGGGAGAAUGAGAGCCUGUGGUCAUUCAUCACUCGCUUCAAUAGAGAAGCCCUUAGUGUGGACAAGGUAGACGACAAGCUUCUAUUGGCCUUCCAUAAUGGGAUUAAUUCUGAUCUAUUUAUCCACAAGCUAUAUGAGAAAGAGCCUCAAACCAUGACUGAGCUUGUCCAUUCGGCUCAGAACUUCAUGAAUGCAGAAGAUGCGAUCAUAGCCAAGAAGAGCAAAAGAGCUGAAAGGAUGGAAGCGCACCCAGCACGCCACUCAGAACAAGGCCCUCGUCCAAAGAAGGGACGGGCGGAAGAUAAGAAGGAACGAGAUAAUAGGAAGACGGGUCCCUUGGGAAGAAGCCAAAACUACACGCCCCUAAACGCUCCACUUGAUCAGGUGCUCAUGCAAAUCAAAGAUGACCUUUCUCUAAAAUGGCCAGAGAAGAUGAAAGGAGAUCCCAAUAAGCGCAAUAAGAGUAAAUAUUGUCGCUUCCAUAGGGACCAUGGGCAUGACACGGAUGAAUGUUAUGACCUGAAGCAACAAAUUGAGAAUCUUAUUAGACAAGGAAAGCUGAGGCAUUUCGUUGGAAGGGAUCAUAAAGAUGAGAAGUUGAAAGGAAAAAUGGAGGAAUCGUCCCGGCCCCUACUAGGAGAAAUAAGGAUUAUCAUAGGAGGAAACUCGACGGGGCAAUCUUCCAAGUCGAAGAAGAUGUAUCUCAAAGUGGUGCAAAACGUCCAACUCUCUGGACGAUCACCAAGGACGAGAUCAAUGGACCAGCUGGCCAUUUCAUUCACUGACGAAGAUGCUGAGAUGAUCCAUCACCCGCAUGAUGAUGCAAUUGUCAUUACUCUGCUUAUUGCAGAUUAUACAACCAGGAGAAUGUUAGUUGACAAUGGAAGCUCAGUAGAUAUAUUGUACUACCCUGCCUUCCAACAGAUGAGGCUUGGGCGGGAUCAACUUCGUCCAGUGUGCUCACCAUUGAUAGGGUUCGGAGAAAUGAAGGUGCAGCCCGUAGGCACCAUUACAUUACCAGUAGUGGUAGGGUCAUACCCGCAGCAGAUAAUUAGGGAAGUCAAUUUCCUCGUGGUGGAUUGUUCGUCCUCAUUCAAUGUCAUUAUUGGAAGACCAACUCUGAACAGUUGGAAGGCGAUAACAUCUACCUACCAUCUAUCAGUCAAAUUCCCUACGGAGUACGGGAUAGGGCAAGCACAAGGAGAUCAGUUGGCAGCUAGAGAAUGCUAUUUAGCCAUGAUGGCUUUGGACGAGUAG